GACCGAUUUGUGCAGCCCGGAAGAAUCUGCCCGUCGUUUGGCAGUCGAAGCCCACGAACACGAGCUUAACGAGUAGAUCCGCGUAGAGCUAGAAACCCAAGAGCGCGAGGCCAUAUGGCGUCUUCGAAUGCAGGCCGAGAAUCUAAACAAUCCCCAAACUUCUCAUACACAGCCUCAAACGCUACCUCUCGUCAUCGGCGCACCGCUGGGCAAGAAUCUCAGCGUCGUAGAAGCCGCGCGCCGCCUGGUUUCUCAAUGGGAAGCAAUCCACGAGUCCACGCUCUCCUCAAACCCAGAAGCCGCCGGCCCCAUCCUCGAAGAACUGAACCAAACCCGCGCCCAACUCGACGCUCUCACAGCUCAACAGCAUGGAGAAGAUACACACAACCUUCUUCUAGACGAUCCUUACCAAGACCCGGCAUUGACACCCCUAAACUCGCUCCAAGCACACAAAGAAGAAGCCAUCGCCUCCAGAAUCAAUUUCCUCACAGACUCCCUCCCAGACUCCUCCUUCCCCCCAGAGCACGCCAACAUCACCGCCGCAAUCUCCCUCUACCGCGCCUCCCGCAUCCCCUACUCGGCCAACUGGGCCCUCAUCUACGCAGGCCACCUCGUCGACUUUGCGCCGAAUUACGUCUCCUUCACCGCCGACCGCGAUGCCGGCGCGGCCCCCUCGCCCUUUUUCUCUGCGCGCAAGAGCACUUUUCUCCCGGAGACGGACUCGGCGUACGAUAUGGGACACUACAGCGUCACCAUGUCGUUCCGCAGGAUGAAGAGCCUCGCGUACUGCGGCGCGGAGCCGCUGCUGAGGAGCAUGUCCAUGUCCAAGAAGAGAAAGUGUGAGAACCGAGACGACGAGGAGGAAGCAGCGAUGCUGAGUUUGAAGGACUGGCCUACAUCUAUCGCCGAAGACGUCUCGGACGAAGAAUACGACGAUGCUGAUACUGCUUCAGACUCGGACCUGCCAGGGUUCCCUCCCCGCUGCCCAAGGAACCUCCGCAAGAACCGCCCCUCGCGACACCCACACAUGGCCCGCGACUCCUCCGCGCCAACCCUCCACUUCCGCACCCUCCUCGACAGCGGCUCGACACUCCCGAUGCUCUACAACCGCGACGCCCGCGCCCUAGGCAUCCACCGCGCCUCUUACGCCGCUGUAUCCCGCAUCGCAGUCGAGACGGCCUCGGACAAGAUGGCCAUCUGGCUGUACGAGAUGGAAGUCGCCGUAGUAGACACAGCAACAUGCGAGCCCCUCGUCUCAGCUUCGUCGCCCGUCUGGCCAGCGGAGGAGCUUAUGCUCGGCGGCAUCACGUUGGUCAUGGUGCGUAAUUCACCCAAGGCCGGAAGUGAUUCGUUCUCGUCGCCUGGCGGGGGCACCGACGCUAUUGCCAAGACGACGGCGGAGGGCAAGACGACGUUUCUUGAAAAGGCGACGAGUUUGAUUGAUAUCGCUGAGGGCCGUGAUUACGGUCGGCUUUCUGGGCUUUUGCCGUUCAAGGUAUGUUAUAUGCAGAGCACGCCUGGGCUCCGGACGAUUUGGAUGGGUGAGGACCGGCGCGAUGUUUUGGGCGCGCAUCGGAUGCCGGGACAGAUGCGGUGGGCACCGGGUACGGGGACGGUGUGUGACCCCGGACAUCCACGGGAGACGUGGAAGACGGCCUGCGGAGAUGACGACGGGAGGCCUGCCUUGCUGCACAUGGCGCAUGAAGAAGCGGUCUCUGGGUAUGGGGAACAACGGGCUUCCUUGGUUGACGUUGAGGAGAAGAGAUGGAAGGGACGGAGUGAAGUUACGGUUACGGAUAAGAAUGGC